AUGGUAGACAUUUUGAAUAGGAAAGCGGCGGCGCUCGAGGCCGCGGCUGUCAAAGAAAUGGAAACGCUUGGCAUUGAGCCGGUCGGCUCACAUGAAGGAGAAAGCGGGACUCAACAGGAGUCGGCUGCUCAACCCUCUCUCCCGGAGCCGGCGGUGGGAGCAACUGUUAGCCAAGAGCCUUCCGUUCGGGAGGAAGGCUCUGCUCAGGAAGAAGAGCGGCCUCUCCGACAAAAGAGGCGCCGAGUGGAGACUCCCCUUCGAUCGGCCACGUCCGCGGUCCAACCGUCUGAACGGGCCACCGCAGCUGCUCACGGCAAAGCUCCAGAGGUCGACCAUCCCAUCUGGAGAUGGGUAGAGGAGAUUGCUGUCUCCAAUCGUCUAGCGAUGGUAGACGAAGAAUUGAGAAGGCUGAAAGCUCCGGGCGGCCCGUCCGGCUCCCAAGGCCCUUCCUAUGCCGAGCUACAGAAAGAGCUCAAAAAGGCCCAAGACUUGCUGAUGUGGGACCGCUGGAUAAUCUUGACGUUAGAAACGUGGUGUGUUAAUCGGAGGCCCUGGUUUAAUGGGGCUCCACUUCGGAUACUUAACGGCGGCGUUAGUUCAGGAGUUAAAGAGGAGGGCGCUAUAAAUAGCGUAACAGAGCUCAACGACGUCACCGGCCGGAGGCAGUGCAAGGAGGUGAACGGGCUUAGGCGGUGGCCGUCGCGGCCGUCGCGGAUCGAAGGAGGCGAAGGAGGAAGCGAGCUAGGCGAGAUUCCAAGACAAAUGGGCAAGGAAGUUGCAAAAGUGGUAGCUUCUUUUAGACAAUUAGAAUCUCGUUGGCCGCCUAAGAACAAUUCGGAUCAAGUAGCUUACUCUAGCAAACCUUCUGUGAUUCGAGAGUUUAAAGAAGACAUUAGCGGCAUAAAAGGGAAUGAAAAUUCCCACCUGGUACAAGAUGGUACAACAGUGACUACUGAUAAAAAAUCAGAAUCUCUUUGUUCACCCAAGAGUAACUCUAAUCAAGUGAAUUGUUGCCAACCCUCUGCAACUCUAGAGUCAAAUGAAGCUACUAAUGGCAUAAAAUACCAUGAAAAAUCCAAUCAAGGACAAGAAUUGCCGAGUAAGCAAGUUGCUGAAGUGGUUACUGAUAAAAAUCCAGAAUCAAAUUGCGCACCCAAGAAUAACUCCAAUCAAGAUUCUGGCCAACUUCAAUCUCUUUGUGCACCCAAGGGUAAUUCCAAUCAAGAUUCCAGCCAACUUCAUGAAACUCCAGGGUCAAAAAAUGCUAUCUGUGAUAUGAGAGAUAAUGAAACUUCUCAUCAAGAACAAGAAGUGCCUGACAUUAGAAAUAUAAGUUUUGAUCAGGUGGGAUCAGCAAAUAAGCAUGCCGCUCAGAAAUUAAAUGAGAAGCUAGCUGCAUCAAAGUCAGAUAAUGCUGGAAAAGCACAAUCUCACUGCCUUGUUCCUCAUCCCCGUACUCUUGCAAUUGUAAAGCAUCAUGCUUCUGUUGCUGAAGCGAGUGGAAGCUUAAACAAACCUGUGAAAGCACAUAAUUCACACUUGGCAAGCAUUAGUAAUUCAUCUCUUACACAUGGGAAAGCUUUGCAACCUGAUAAGAAAAUGCAUCACCAUAACACUGACGAUUCUUGCUCUGUUGCUUCUUCAACUGCAGCUUCUUUCAGAUCAUUGAAAGGAAGGAGAACUAUCGGAAAUGCUCCUUCCUUUAAAUGUAGCGAGCGUGCAGAAAAGCGGAAAGAAUACUACAUAAAAUUAGAACAGAAACACCAGGCUUUGGAAGCAGAGAAACUGCAUAUUGAGGCUAGAAUUAAGGAAGAGCAGGACACUGCUCUUAAGGAAUUCAGAAAGAACUUGAUUGUUAAGGCAAACCCUUUACCUAGCUUUUACGCAAAAGGUCCUCCACCGAAGGCCGAACUAAAGAAGGUGCCUCCUACUCGUGCUAAGUCACCCAAGUUCUCUAGAAGGUGGAGUUUCAGUGAUGCCAAUCCAUUGCAAGGCGAAAAGUGUGGUGGAGCCUGUGACCGGCUCCAUCGGCACGACUUGUGCCCUAUUGUGAAAUCUUCCAAAAGCUUGCCAAACAGUCCCAAGGCUGUUAAAGGCAAAGGUACAAAAACAACUGAGGGCUCCAAACUCUCCACACUAAGCACAGCAAACUAGAUCACCAACAAUGUCACUGUGCAAACAUAAAGCUGGCUUUCUAAGUUUUUCUUUCCUCAAUUAGUUACAUUUCUCAUGUUACACAGACAACAGCAUAAUUAUUGGAGAUUAAGAUUUCAUUAAAAAAAUAAGAUCGAGACUUAAUGAUGUGGGGAUUUCUGAAGGUGUUGGGUGCUGUAAAUUAUUUAAGUUGUAUGUGUUCACAGACAUUGAUGUAAUUUAUGUGAAAUUAUUUCAGUCCAUAGCGUUUGCCUAAUUGUGAA